UACUUCAAAGUAAGAUAUGUGCAUAGAAAUUUGUUCAUUUUUUUUAAAACGAUAGUCCAGCCCUCCAACGGCCUGAGGGACCGUGAACUGGCCCCCUGUUUAAAAAGUUUGGGGACCCCUGGUCUUGUCGAUGGAUCCCUUUCGUCCUGGGCUGUGUCUGGGAGCGAUUCGGAUGGUUCGAGCGUGCCAGAGAGGGGAUUACAGGCGGAUUUCCUGCUUGGAAACGCGAGCCGCCAUCCCCACUCGGCCGCCUUGAUCUUUGCGAGGCAACUAUUUCUGGAGCGGAGAAAGAGAGGAAAGGAUGGCGACGGCGGCGUCAGAGCAGCGUCGUUUCGGGGGAAUCCCUCCCUCCCUCCUUCCUUCGCUCCUGGCUUGGUCACGUCCUUAGACGCCAGAGGAAGAGAAAGGCUGCGAGGAAGAAGGUCCCACAUCGCGGGGAAGGGGCGGAGGAGGCGGCGCGAGUGGGAGGAGGGAAACGGGAAGGAAGAGGUGCGCAGGUUUUGCGACACGACUCUGCCGCGUCAGUAGGAGAGAGGAGAGGGGAGGAAAGGACUCCCUGGCGCCCUAGAGAUGGGAAUGGGAGAGAGACGGUCUGAGCCUCUUUGAGGCUGGAAGGAAGGAAGACCCCGCGAUGGAAAAGGCCGGCUCGCUCCACGCCUCGGUGCCCACGCCGCCGCUGCGACUCUACCUCCCUCGGCACUUCAGCUGCAGCGCCUGCAAGGGCGGAUGCAGCCCGGAGCCCGAGCCCUUGGAAGCCGCGCCGAAUGAAGAGGAAGAGGACGAGGAGGAGGAAGAGCCAGAGCCGCCUCCGCCCCGCUCGCCUUCGCCGCCGUCCUCGCCCUCGCCGUCCCGCGGGAGGGAGCCCACGCUGCCGCCGGUGCCCCCCAGCCCCACGCUCCGCCGCCGCGCCAAGUCCCUGCCCACGCCCGGGGAGCGCGGCCUGCGCCCGGCGCUGCAGCACCAGAGCCCCUCGCGGAGGAAGACCGUGCGCUUCGCCGACGCGCUGGGGCUGGAGCUGACCGCCGUGCGGCACUUCUCGCAGCAGGACGUCCCCCGCGUGCCUUCCCCGCCGCCGCUCACCGCCUCCCCCUUCCCUUUCUUCUCCUCCGCGGACUUGUUCAAGACGAGGAAGCCGCCCACCCUGGGCGACCUGGAGCCUGUUCUCUUCGGGCCCCCGGCGUCCAUCCUGGAGCCCCUCUUCCCCCCGGCGCCGGGCUCCAGCGCGGGCUUCGUGGAGCGCGUGAAGCAGGGCAAAGUGAAGCUGGAGUGGGUGCGGGCCGAGGCCGGGGGGCUGCGCGGCGCCAUACGCGUCCUCAACCUGGCCUACGAGAAGGCCGUGUCGGUCCGCUACACGCUCAACCGCUGGGCCAGCUGCAGUGAGGUGCCCGCCGCCUUCCAGGCGCCCCCUUCUUCCUCCUCCUCCGACGGCGCCCUCGACCGCUUCACCUUCCUCCUGCCCGUGGGGCCCGGCGCCACGCAACUGGAGUUCGCCCUGCGGUACCGCGUGGCCGGCGCCGAGUUCUGGGACAACAACGGCGGGAGGAACUACCGCAUGCGAGGGAGGCAGAGGACCCCCGCCGCCCCCGGGAACGAACCCGACGGCAGCGCAGGCGCCUGGAUCCACUUCAUCUGAGCCCGGAAGAAAGGAGUUGUGUUUUCCUUAUGGGAUUUUGUCAUAGAAUCCUAGAGUUGGAAGAGACCUCGUCGGCCAUCCAGUCCAACCCCCUGCCAAGAAGCAGGAAAAUCGCAUUCAAAGCAUCCCCGACAGAUGACCAUCCAGCCUCUGCUUCAAAGCCUCCACCACACUCCGGGGCAGAGAGUUCCACUGCUGAACAGCUUUCACAGUGAGGAAGUCGCGUUGUCCAAGGCUUUCAUGGCCGAAAUCGCUGUGAGUUUUCCAGGCAGUGUGGUCAUGUUUUAGAAGCAUUCUCUCCUGACGUUUUGCCCACAUCUAUGGCAGGCAUCCUCAGAGGUUGUGAGGUCUGUUGAAAACUAGGCAAGUGGGGUUUAUAUAUCUCUAGAAGGUCCAGGAUGGGAGAAAGAACUCUUGGCUGUUGGAGGCAGGUGUGAAUGUUGCAGUUAAUCACCUUGAUUCACAUUGAAAAGCCUUGCAUCUUUAAGGCCUGGUUGGUUCCUGCCUGGGGGAAUCCUUUGUUGAGAUGUGUUAGGUGGCUCUGAUUGUUUCAUGCCUAGAAUUCCCCUGUUUUGAGAGUGUUGUUCUUUAUUUACUGUCCUGAUUUUAGAGUUUUUAAAUACUGUAGCCAGAGGUACCUCACAACCUCUGAGGAUGCCUGCCCCAGAUGUGGGCGAAAUGUCAGGAGAGAAUGCUUCUGAAGCAUGGCCAUACAAGCUGGAAAACUCAGAGCAGUACAGUAAGGAAGUUCUUCUUCAUGCUCAGGUGGAAUCUCCUUUCUGUAGUUUGAAGUCAUUGUUUGCAUCCUAGUCUCCAGGGCAGCAGAAAACAAGCCUGCUCCCCUCCUCCCUAUGACUUCCCCUACAUCUUGAUCCAUGGCUCUCAUCAUGUCUCCUCUCUGCCUUCUCUUCUGCAGGCUAAACAUGCCCAUCUCUUUAAGCCGUGCCUCAUGAGGCUUGUUCUCCAGACCCUUGAUCCUUUUAGUCACCCUCCUCUGGACACAUUCCAGCUUGUCAACAUCUCCCCUCAAUCGUGGUGCCCAGAAUUGGACACAGUGUGAUUCCAGGUGCGGUCUGACCAAGGCAGAAUAGAGGGGGAGCAUGACUUCCCUGGAUCUAGACACUAGACUCCUAUUCAUGAGGCAAACAUCCUAUUGGCUUUUUUAGCUGCCACAUCACAUUGUCAUGUUCACCUUCCUGCCACGAGGACACCGUCUUUUUCACACGUACUGCUGUCGAGCCAGGCAUGGUCCCCCAUUCUGUAUCUUUGCAUUUCAUUUUUUUCUGCCUAAAUGGAGUAUCUUGCAUUUGUCCCUGUUGAUCUCUCUAACCUGUUAUGGUUGUUUUGUCAAGGCCAAGCAUGGGCCAACUUCGGUCCUCCCUCUAGUUGUUUUGGACUCCCAAUUUCCACAAUUCCUAACAGCUGGUAGGUUGUUAGGAAUUGUGGGAGUUGAAGUCCAAACCACCUGGAGGGAUGAAGUUUGCCCAGGCCUGAUUCUACUGCUUGGCCAGAAGCAUAUGACCGUCACCAAGCCACCUUCGCCCCUCCAUUUAAUUACCUAUUUUCCUAUAUGUACACAGAUCACUUUCUUUGAAAUGACAAUCUGCCAGCCUGUCUAAAAUAUGGAGAACGGACAAAACAGGCCACUGGGUCAGGUUUUGACUUGUCAAAAAACGUUAGGGGAAGGAGCACCUCACAUUCUGAUUUAUAGGGCUGCUGGUUCUUCAUUGGUAAAUAAAUAUAGCGUUUGCCUGUAUGGGUGAGAAGUCCAUCUUGCCUAUAAGAAGACAUUCAGAGGCUGUUAUUCAGUCUGCCAUGAGACCUUGGCAGAUCCUGGAGCUGUUGUUCGGUCCCUCUGCAGGUGCUGCACGUCUGUGCCUGAAAGGUUGCGGAUGAGGUGUCGCUCAAGAUCAAAGAAAACUUAUUUCCUCCUCCGUUCCCUUGGCCUUUUCUUCCUCAAGAUCACAAGAGCUUGUCUGCUUCUCUCACGGGUAUCUUUUCCUCUGAGAUUGUUCACUUGGUGUCUCUGAGUUGUGAGAUGUUCCUUAUUUAUACACUACCAGAUGAUAUUUUCCAAACAGUGUCUUUGCAAGUUAAAUACAGAUGGAUUAUAUUUUAUAUUUUGAGGACUAAUAGCAGGGAGAAGAGAAAAGCUGUUUCAAAUUCCUUCUGUGAACUGACAAGCAGUCAGAGUAUCUGGAAAGUAGUGUGUUGUAAUAAUAACACACAAAACCCACAGUUUCCUACACUGUGAGCUUCCUCCUUUGUUUCCUCUCAGUUGUGAUGAAAAAACUGGGUUUUUUGUUGCAUAGAAAGGGUAGGAAGUUUGGGCAAGCCUUAACCAAAUGUAUGUAAAUGUUGGGGACAUAAUUAGACUUUUUGAAGCAAGGGUAUUUCUGAUUCCUACAUGAUGGUCACCGUUAGACGCCAAUAUCCGAUUUUAGGUUGCCAUUACUGAUCACUGCUGCAAUAAUUAUUUCAGAUUUCUCUGUGGUUUAGCUUCCAAAUACAUUGGACAGUACUGGCCCUGAAUGACAAAGCAAACAGCCCUUCUAUAUUGGAAACAGUACAACAGUGCACCCAUCCGAGAGAGGCAAGAAACAAGCUUCAUAAGCAACCUGUGCUGCUUUUUUGGCUGUGCUUAGAACUAGAUCCUGUGCAUUUUUUUGCUGAGAAAUAAACGGCAGUGCUCAAGAUGGGGGUUUACUCUUAAGUGUGCACAGGAUCCUGAGCUUAGACUUGGAAUUUGUCUCAUGGAUUCCGGGUGACAUGUUUAAAAAUAUGAGAAGGACCAGGCUGAAACAGAUUGAAAGCUUGUCUAGCCCAACAUUGUGCAGCCAACUAGAUGUCCUUGUUAUGCUCACGUAAACAGCAAUAGUUUCUUGCUCAUGCCACAUCGAAUGGUAUUCAGAGGCAUACUGUUUCUGCUGUUGGACACAAUGCCUUUAUGCAUUGUAGAAAUGGAUAACCUCCAUAAAUUAAAGUACUGUCAUCCUCUUUAAAAGCUAUCCAGCUUGAUGGCUAUCUUUUCAUUUUGUUGUAGCAGAUACCACAUUUUCACUCUGUUCUGUGAAGCUGUACUUUCUUUUAUCUGUCCGGACUAUUCUAUUAGUUUUAUUGGAUGCAUCUACGUUCUAGUUGUCUCCACUUGCUAUUUGGCUUUUCCACAUCAUGCAGCAUUUUAUAGACCCCUAGGUGGCUUGCAUUAGGAACCAUAAGUACAUUUUACCCUAUAACUGCUCAGUGGUAAUUCGGCUUUGAUGCUGGCAUAUUUGAUGCUUGACAUAGCUCUCUCAACAAUUCUUAUACGGUUGCCUCUGAUUCUGAAAUGCCUUGCUUUCUGCGUGUGUCCAUCAAAAGUCAACUAAAGCUAAGACUUAGGUAUUCAGUAUGGAUGUGCACCAGUCUCUCUUUAGCUAUGCCAGAAAUUUCCCUCUUUGUAGGCAAAUGUAGUUUCUGUAGGUAUGUCUAGCUCAACUCAUUCAGCUGGGGAUUGCUAUGAUUAGUAUAAACCAGGCAUGGGCAGACUUUGACCCUCCAGGUGUUUUAGACUUCAAAUCACACAAUUCCUAACAGGCUACUAGCUGUUAGGAAUUGUGGGAGUUGAAGUCCAAAACACCUGAAGGGACGAAGUUUGCCCAUGUGUUCUGUGACUGUUUAAGUGGAGGAAUAUUUAACAUUAGCAAAGGAAAAAUGGGGGGGGGGGGGGUGACAAAUUUUUCUUGAGAAAGUGUGUUUUCUAUCAGAUGUAAUUACUCUUGUGCUGUUCCAUUUGCUGCUAAAAAUUAGAGCAAAUAUUUGUUUGUUUUCAUUUCUGCAUAUGUGUAUAUGGAGGAAUGCAUGGGGAAAAAUUUUUGGAGAUUAAUUUAAAAGCAUUUUCUGUUUCUAAUCGCUUUUCAAAUAGAAGUUCAGUAGGAUGAUAAUGCAGAUAUUUAUUGUAUCAAAGCCCUGUCUUAUCAUGGAUGUGACUAAUUGCAAACCUGCUGACACAAGGAUGAUUUCUCACUUGUGAGGGUGGGUUCAGUGUUUAUCUGAAGAGCAGAAGCCUUGUCUUAAUCAUGAUUUAAAUACAUUUCCAAAUAAUUAAGAAAUCUUACAUUAAUUGAAGUCCAUCAGUCAGCUGCAAUAGACUUGAGGUUUUUGGGGUUGCUUUUAAGAAACCCUUUCUCAAAGGACCUAUUCAAAAUAAAUAAAUAUUAGGAGGCUUAUAUUAAGUCAUGUGGGAACACUGUAUGGUUUUCCUAAUGUUUUGUCUUACAAUUCCCAGCAGCCAUAGUUUUCAAAAAAGGAAUUUGUAGGAGUUGUAGUCCAAACACAGGUCAAGCCAAAGACCAGGAUAGCCAACUUCUAAGGUUCCAAGAGCUAUGCAAAAAUAGGAAAUUGUACUCCAGAAGCCUCAAGGGAUACAUUUUCCUGCAUUUAAAUAUUACCACCCUUAUCCCCAGUUUGUUUUCAAUCUGAAAAGGCCUUUUUAUUUAGAAGCAGGAACUGAUCAGACAGUAACUUCUGCUUUUUAUUUAAAAAGUCAUUUCAGGCCUGUAAGUUCUGUAAUACUUUUUUUUUUAAAUGAUGGUUUGAGCCUGAAAUAUUUGUGAAUUUAAAAACCUGUUUAUAUUCAUGACUGAGCUUAUGUUGUAUUUAUAAACUGGUUCUUAUCUUUGCAAAUAAAAUGGGCAUUGCUGUUUUUGAGAGCUUUAAUGGUCUGUUUUCUCAGGGCUAAAAUGUGCUUAUGCCUUAUGUAGGAAGGAUGGACAUUUAUUUCAAUACAGUACUUUAAAAAUAGUAUUUAUGAUAAUGUUCUCAAUUGUAUUUAUGAGAGAUGUAAUGCCUUAGACUACUGUAGUUUGGGUGUCUGGAGGUAUCUGAAAAAAUACAAUUUUUGUUGGUUUCGUACAGGAUUAUUUUUGCUAGAAAAUCUAAAUACAUGUUUGAUUAGAUAUAUUAAAAAUUAUAGAUUGCAGCAGUUCUGCAGUAGACAGUAAUUAAUAAUUUAUGACGUCCUUGCUUUGACUUGCUAUUUUUGCACUAGAGUGGCCACCUCUGAAUUGUUUGCCUAUGCCUUUUGUGGCAGCUUCCCAAGAAGAAAGUAAGCCAGUGGAGUAGUCUCUGGUAUGGACACAGUCACUGGGGGUCAGCGUUUUAUGGAGGCUUGGUUAAAAAAACUGCCCAUGGGCUGUAUCCUUGAGUUUAACUCUUUUCACCACUAUUAACACACCCUCUUUGCUUAGGUGUUGCAUUUGACCCUGAUCUGGGAGACCUCCUAGAAGGAGAAUUAUGUUGGUACUGCUCAUUUUCUCCUCUCCUCGUAUUUGCUCACUUACAUAGAAACACUAGUGAACAGAAUCCAACUGCAGGGAGGAGGAAUCUUUUAAGAAGAUCCAAGAAUUCUUGGAAAUAUCUCAAUGGGUGCCAGUGAUACCACGCCCAACACCAGCCUUGGAUACAGAAAGAGGACAAGCUCUCCUACUUAAUUCCUGUAGAUCUGGUGGCUGUUGAAGACACAUAAACAAUAUUAGAUUAAAUUAGUACCAUGAUUUGAGAACCUUGGGAUUCUUCUGAAAUACUCACACCAGCCAUGUUUCAGAAAAUCCAGGUGUGGCCUUUUUGCAAGGCUGAGAAACAGGUGUGUGACUCUGUUCCUGCAAAACUUAAACUUAUGUGUGCAUUGUGUUUAGAGCAGUGGUCCCCAGUCUUUGGUCCUCCAGUUGUCUUGGACUUCAAUCCCAGAAAUCCCAGCCAGUUUACCAGCUGUUAGGAAUUGUGGGAACUGACACCCGAAAGAGGAAGUGGUGGCAUUUCUUCUUUCAACCAUAAUGUUCUUAGCUAAAGAGUGGCUCAGGCCAUAUUGCUCUCAAGUUACUGUCUUGGAUCAGGCUCUUGAUUUUCUAGCGACUCACUCCUUACUGAAAGAAAUUAGGGGACUGUUGUUAUAUGCUGCUUCAUGAUCUGAAGAUAUGUUUAAAUGCUAUGCAUAAACAUUUUCCAAAUGCUCAAUCUGGAACUGGCCGUUUUAUAAAAUACUAUCUUAAAGUGUAAUAAUAAAUAUCACUAGCUAUGGUCUCUAUACCUUAGUAAGUAUUUUUGAGACGUUGCACCAGGCAUUAGCUCCAUUUUGAUAGACAGGUCUUUUCAUGUGCAGACUGGGGGAAGAAACAAAGGAGUUGGCUCACAAUGUAUAUGAUUGUUGAGAAUGAAUAUUAUAUCUGUGACAUGAGUUAGUAUUUAUACACAAUGUUUUGAGGAAAUAGUUUCUUUUAGUAUUGCUAGGAGACUUAAAUGCCGAUCAGAAGCACUUUUCAAAUGGAGUAUAUGUGUGUAGGUAUUGCUGAAGUCUGUAUGUACUCGUAAUACCUAGUAAAGAUUAUUGACUCACACUGUGAUAUUAAAAUGAGCUAGAAAUGAGUAACUCUUGCCUACAGAGCAACAAAUAGCACUUUGCAUAUACUGAGAGCUCUCUAAGGAGCCAUGCUUGAAAUGAAUGUUCCUGAACAUUGUUGUGAUUUCAGUGGGCACAGGUGUGACCCGGUCUUUUUUGUGAACCAAAUGUAUACAGUACUGUUGUAAAGCAAAGAAGAUUCUAUAUAUUGCAAUGGUAAAAUCUUUAAAAUAUAGGUAUAUUUUUCAUUUGGGUUGGCAUGAGUGUUCUUAAAUGCAAUAUAUAUUUUUAAAAGUUAUCUGCUGUAUUGUAUUGUUAUCUGCACACAAACCAGCGCACCCAACUAUCCUUUCCUAAUAUUAUUAGAACAACUUUCCCCAAAGCAAUAUUCUAGAGUAAUGAUUGUAAAUGUAUAUGGUAGGGAAAAUGCUGGACUUCUUUAGAAGCUUAUAGUGAGAAUAAAGUAGUGGCGGGCAAGUUUCCCAGCAUGAAAAAGCCAGCCUUCUCCUUCUAAUAUCCAGUAUACUAUAUGAAUCCUGGAAUUAUUGAUUCUAGGAUAUGUUGCGGGACACAUGCUCAGCCAAUGCAGAGCAAAUGUGAAAUGUCCAGACUGGAUUAUACGGACUGUGGGAGUGUUUGAACUGUCACAUUUGAUCCAUGCGUGCAAUUCCUUCACAUCGGUGAACAAACCAGGAAGCGUUUCAUUAAUUAUGCUUUCCUGAUUUUGUCCAUGUUGGAAAACUAUUGCUAACGGCUUUGAAGUAAGCCAAAAUAUUGCAACAUGGCUUCUUGAAAAGCUUGUUCUAAGGAACAUCAUAAUGUUUUACCUUAGGCGGGAUGGAUUGUCUGGCCACUCGAGCAAGGGAGGAGCUAUGUCCUCAUGAAACGUUUUUAUAUCUCAUCAAGACACCCCAUAAUCUUUUCCGAUACAUGGGGUUUCAAAGGAGAAACAGAGGAUUCCUUUAUAAUGAAGUGCAUUUCCUACAGCUGGAAUGUUUGCAGAUUACAAUGGGUUAGUGGACAAAACCUCCUUUUUUCACAUUAGCUUUUUAUUCCUCUUCUCUUCAUAAUGAAAACCGCUUACUGCCAGUGUAAAAAAAUGUAGCUUUAUGAAAUGUGCCAUGAAAUGUGCAAUAUGUUUUCCAUUCCUUUUGGUCAAUGUAAAAUUCUCAACAAGUUGUGUAGCACUCAGGUAUAAUAACCUUAACUGCUUCUUUUCAACUAAAUGUAUUGCCAUCCCAUUAGCAUUGUCUGAAAUGUCUGUGGCCCUCACAACAUCUCAAUAAUAAUUACGCUAUUUAACAUUAGUUACACUUCAAUGUGUUGUGUGGUUGACAGGCUUGUGAAAGAGGUUGAAAUUGGUACAUUAUUUGCAUCCAUACAUAGUUUAUUGAAAGAAAAUCCAGCUUAGUUGUUCUUUGCAUAUAUCAAAUGAACAAAUGUGUGUUCAUGCGUAACAUUGUUCUUUUAUCAGCUAGCUGAAGCAUGAGUUAAUGAAGCUUGCAGGCAAAAAUCUGUCAAACCUAUAUCCUUCUAAAAAGAUGCUAAUCUGUAGCCAAUUCAGAUUGUUUAGGUGCCUUCCGAGGAUAAAUCACUACUACGAUGUCAGAUAUGUUUCUUAUUUAACUGGCUUUUCUUUCAUUCUAAAGAAUAUGUUUCAUGGCCUCUACUUCGGUAUUGAUUUAUACUAUAAAAAUAGUUAGUGGAUAAACUAUUUGCUGAUAUUUCUCCCCUAUUGUCAGAAAAAUGUCCUUGGGACAUUGAGCCAGUCCUUUCAAAAAGCCUAAUGGGGUUUAAAACUUUUGUUUAUACUAUAGUGAACAGUUGCUGUGAUAAAUGUCUUUGUGCAUUUCUAUAAACCACAUUUAUACCAAGUCUAGAAAAUAAUAAAAUGUCUAUAGUUCAUAGUAUAUAUUUGUGCAGCUCUUAUGCAAAUGUAUUCUGUACACACCAUGUAUUUAUAUUUAUUCAUUCAUUCUCCUAGUUUUCUACGGGGUUGGUUUUGCACAGAGUUGAUUUUAAGUGUGUUGCUCUUAUGCUGCAUUGGAACUACUAGAUGGGUUUUAUCUCUCUUGCACAUUGCAUUCAUUUGAAAAGGAAUAUUCUCUGAAGGACUUCUAUAUUUUUGCUUCUACAUUUUUUUAAAAAAUGAUAUGCACGGCUAUUUAGCAAAACUUGAAUAAAUGUAUGUCAUACA